UUUAAUAAUAAGCUUCAAUAUUUCAAAUAAUCGAUUAUUAAGUGUUGACAUAAUACAUCUAAUAUGUUAUAGAAAAAGAUUAGAAGAGCUUUUGGAGUCUUGGGAAGAGGAAAAAUCUACUGAUCCGGACCAGAAAUCCAUUGACACAAAUGUUUUAUGUUCGGCAACCAAUGGAGAAACGGAACCAAUCCAAAAUAUAGGGGCUAAAAGUGAUGAUUCUGGUUCUGAUCUGAAAGAGAUCUAUGUAGAUAUUGCUGUUAAUCCUGUGAAAACUGUAACAUCUCAAAACAAACAAAAAAUCCCCAGUGUUGAUCUCAAUACAUCACCAUCGGACCAGCAUCCACUAGACAAACUCUGCCAGCUUCUCUGCAUUGAUGAGGAUGAGACUUUUGAGAAAAGAAUGUGUGAGUCGGAGAAAAGACGGAAGCAUGAGGAAACAUUGCAAUACAAAUAUUUUUGUGAUCAAUGCUCUUUCAAAGCCAAACGAGAAAACCAUCUUCUCAAACAUGCAAAACUGCAUGAAAAUAUAAAAGACUUAUUAUGUUGUGAUCAGUGUGACUUCAAGACGAUACGAGAGAGUGUGCUUGGCCGCCACAAGAUGAAUCAUUCUGCCACGCAACUGCUCUGUAAGCUCUGUCCCUACAAGACAGAUAGCAGCAGUUUCAUGUUGAAGCAUCUUCAAGCUAGGCAUAGCCCUAAAGUUCAGAAAAAAUUGAAAUGUAACUCUUGUGAGUAUAUUGCAUCCACCCCUCGAGAACUACAAAAACAUCAAAAACUUCUGCACAAACCUGAAGAUCAGCCCAAAUUUUGGAAGUGUUCUAAGUGUCCGUACAAGUCAAAGCUGCGAGCCCACCUGACGCGACAUGAGAACGAUGCGCACGGUAGCCUGAGACAGUUCCUGUGUCACUACUGUGGGAAGAGUUUCAAACGCAAUGACACUCUAACACAGCACAAGGUCAUCCAUGGAGAGGUGAACAAGACUUUCACCUGUCAACAUUGUGGAAAGAUCUGCACGUCAUCAGUCUUCCUCCGUGAACAUCUGGCAUCCCACACCACAGAGAGACCGUUCUUGUGUGACAUGUGCGGGAGUUUCUUUCAAGACUAGAGGAGCUACACAGAGACACAAGCGAGUGAUGCACUCUACCAGUGUGCCAAUGUUCCCAUGUACUCAAUGUGAACGCACAUUCAAGGCCAAGACUGACUUAAACAGGCAUAGGAAGACUCACAGGU